ACUAACUACUCUGUAGUUAGUUAUGGUAAAUAGUUAACAUACCAAAUAAAUAUCUUAGAAGGAUAUUCCCCUCCACCAGCCAGGCAAAUGCCCGACGAACCAUGACAACAACUGCCAACAACCGCCCGACCACAACACUCCAAACUUCACGCUUCGAAAUUAAUUUCCCACUCGUACCUUCAUGCUGACUCUAUGCGGCUUUCCAUUUACCUCAUUCGCGAUAUUCUGGCCAACACUUUUGAAAUCAAACCUAUCAUCCUGGUUUUUGCGAUCAUGGUCACUCAAGUUAAUGGCCUUGGGCCCCUUACGUUAGCGGAAGUCAUUGACGCCCUUCAGAGGUUACAGGACAACCCGGAGCUUCUCACCCGCGAGCGAUCCGCGUUGAACGACCCUCCACCGCCAUACGCGUCGGGAGAGACGACACAACCACCCAGUCCGCCUCACCCGCUCACUGAAGCUGAUCGACGAAGGGAGCGGGAGCGACGCAAGAAGGAAAGGCUUAACUCAAUGCCAGAACCUCAGUUCGCUUACCAGCGAAGGAUAGAGGAGGAACGUCUGAUAGACCAGUGCCUGAGGCGGAUGAGAGGACGAAAAGAUACACUGCCAUUUAAGAUGGAGCUUACUUUCGCCGAGAAUGCACUCGAGAAUGUCACCAACCGAUGGAAAGAGCAAGGGAUAUGGAGUGGUAGAUGGAAAGCUCAGCCUUUUGGGCCACGCCGCUGGGAACAUAGAACAUGAGGCUGACAUCCAACGCCCACUUCGUUCGGGACCUACGCUAGACCCACCGAACCAACGAUGGAAUAUUCUUAGUGCGGAGUGCAUGACUGCCCAUAAACGUGAAACUAAGCCCUCGCGUCCAUACUAUCAGUUUCUUUUCCAGAUAUCCAAGGAGCGCGAAUGGUUAGAAGACGAACUAGAUAUCGAACCCAGUGACAUCAACACCAAAGCCUACGAGAAUGUCAAGAAUCACUGGCUCGCGCAAAAGAUUUGGAAUCCACAGUGGGGCGAUAUGCCUGGGAUGACUUGGAUUCACGAAGAGCUAGACGAUGAAGAUUCUGAGCAACCAGACAGCCCUCCCGCCGACGAAUCUGUGCUUAACAAUGCUGAAGAAAGUGACAGCCGGCUUGGUCGCCGUGUUCGCUACAAGUACCGCUCAGAUGGGUUUGGUUUUGUCGAAGUCCCUUCCGCCUCCCCGGAACCAACAGGGGAGGCUGAGCCUUCGUUAACUUCUAGGACGACGGUAGGCUCCAACGGAGAUGCUUUCACAGAUGGAAAUGCAUCUAACCUACCCGGCUCCGUACCCCGGAGCCCCAGAAAUAGAAAGGAACCUCGAGAACCUUCUCGUCUCGCUUCUCAACCAAAUGGUACCUCAAACGUUAGAAAGCGUGCCAUGCGAGAUUCUCCAGAUCCUACAGAUUCUACAUCAUUCCAAUCGAGGAAGCGGAUCCGCUCUACAUUUGGGCCCGCUAGUGCGCCUCAGAGUCCGGUGCCUCAUGCAACAAGAGACUUACCGGGAGAAGAUGAGGAUGCGGAACCAUCUCUAUCUACUUUGCCAUUGUGCUGUAGAAUCCUGGAUGAAGAUCGACAACCACCGCUUCGAAAUUCCAGAAUCAAUACACGAUCUAGAACAAACAAACGCUCAGUGUCUUGCAACGCUUCACUUGAUACCAACAAAAUUUCACAGUUAAGCUCAAGGCGGAACCGGCGAGCGAGCCCGGAAACGCCGACUACUUCACGUAAACCGCCAGUAGUUUCGAAGAACAAUCCUUCCGACCGAUCUCACUCCAGUGGGUAAUUGGCAUGGUUUUUACUCGAAAAAGCCAGGUGUGUCACUCUCAUGUUAUGUUGCCAGAAUGAAAGUAGGUACAAGGCUAGCCAGCUGAACAUGAUUGAACCAGACCGAGAAUUGAUAGGAUAACCCUAAAAAGGGCAACCACAAACAUCAAUCCCGGGAGGGUGGUUUGUGUAUUCUAGAAGCUCUGUUGGCCAUUUCGUAUGGUGGCGAUGCUAGUUCUCAACAGCUCAAUUAAUUCAGCUGGUGAGUCCGGUACCUGGGCCCAUUUUCAUCCUCAAGCUUGUUUUUGAUGGUGCGACGUUUGUCGUGGACUUUUCACUGGACAGAUGUAUCAAUUUUUCAACAUUAUAUACCUUCCUUUGAUGAAGCGGCUAAUUGAAGAAAUUAGCGCGUUGUAUUUAUAUAUACGAAUGGGACAUGCAACAGAUGAGAUUCGGUUUUUUUGAUAUUGAAGUGCAUCCAGCCAAGCAUGGAAUAGAAGAAAGGAGAUCCAAGGCCCAAUACCUGCUCGCAAACAUUCCUCCUCACAACUUACUCGCAACCCAUCUCGGCUUCCUCUUCUCCACAAACGCCUUUACGCCCUCCUUCAGAUUCUCCCCUUCAUUCAACCGCCUCGCCCAUCCCUCCAUCAACAUCUGACUCCCAUCCUCCGCGCCCACCCCUUCCCACCCCAACUUAACCCCCUCCCGACUCACAAUCACCGCGUCAGGACUAUUCGCCACAAUCUCCCCCGCAACCUCCACGGCCCGCUUCACCACCCUCCUGUCCCCAACAUCCACAUCAUCCGCCUCCCCCCCAUCCUCCACAACCUCAUUAACAAGCCCCCACCGCUCCGCCUCCUCAACCCGGACCACCCUCCCCGUCAACGCCAUCUCCAUCGCCCGCGGCUUCCCCACCGUCCGCACCAGCCUCGUCAGCCCACCUGCCAACGCGACGACGCCGCGCUUAACUUCCGGCAACGCGAAUUUCGCCCCGCGCCUGCUGGCGAUGACGAUGUCGGCGUUGAUGAUGAUCUCGCAACCGCCGCCGUAGGCGAGGCCGUUGACAGCACAGAUGACGGGUUUUUUCCCUGCGCGCCGGGAUAGGCCGGCGAAGCCUGAGGGGGGUGGUGCUGGGCGGCCGGAUGAUUGGGAGUUUUUAUCGUUACAUUCUAGAUUUUUGAUUUGUGGUUUUUAGUCUUAGGUUAAUGGGUUUGGGGGUUUAGUUUUGGGUUUAUGGCGUUUCAUUUUCUUAUUUUUUUUUUUAUUUUUUUAAUUUUUAUUUAUUUAUUUAUUUAUUU